UGAUGCUUGCGGUGGAAGAACGGUUGAUCCUAACUUACAUGAAUUUCAUAAAUAUCUUUUGCUUACCCAAACAAAUAAAAAAGAAUCUCUUAUCCUCUUUUUCAUUCACCCUUCCUUCUUUUCAUUUCCAGAUCUCUCCCCUCGUUUUAAUUUCAACACGAUCUAUUCUUAUUACUAUUAUGCACCAAUAAUAAAAUUAAUACACCCAACUUAUUCCAUUACCUAAAUCACUAGCAAAAAUAACGAGAUCGGUGAUUGAUUCUUUAAGGUUUUAAUGGCUUGUGUUAAAGGACCAGCUGUUUUUGCUAAAGUAGCAGCAGGAUCAUGCAGUGUUCCUUUGAUGUCGAUGAUUGGACCAAUCAACGGUGGGGGGUGUAGUAGAAUUGAAUUUUGGGGGUUCACUGGUAGUACCAAAUUAAAGACAACUUCCCUUUCUUGCCAUAUAAAUAUGAGAAAGUGUAAGACUGUGAAUUGCAGUUUCAACUCAUCCUCAAAUGGUAGUGGGAGCAUGGCAGAUAAUUUUAAUGAAAAUGAUGAAGAUUAUGUUAACUCUAGUAUUCUUGAAGCAGUUGAGGUGAAGAGUGGAGCAGAUGGGUUCGUGAUCAAAAUGAGGGAUGGUAGACACUUGAGAUGUGUCCAUAAUAACCCUCAUGGAGGACUUCUUCCGGAUUAUGCACCACAUCCUGCAAUUGUGUUGAAGAUGGAAGAUGGGACUGGUCUACUUCUCCCCAUAAUUGUUUUGGAGAUGCCAAGUGUCUUGUUAAUGGCAGCAAUGCGCAAUGUUCAAAUAGCUAGACCUACUUUAUAUCAAGUUGUAAAAGAGAUGAUUGACAAGAUGGGUUAUGAAGUCAGAGCUGUGAGAGUUACUAAGAGAGUUCAGGAGGCAUACUUUGCUCAGCUAUAUCUUUCCAAGGUUGGAAAUGAGUCAGAAUGUAUCAGCUUUGACCUUCGACCUUCAGAUGCUAUCAACAUUGCUGUUAGAUGCAAGGUGCCUAUACAAGUCAACAAGUAUUUGGCAUACAGUGACGGAAUGAGAGUAAUUGAAUCAGGCAAACUGUCAACACAGUCCCCUGGUUCAGAUGGCCCAUUAUUUACUGAAUUGGAUCGACCAAAUGGUAAGCCUUGUGUUGAAACCAAGGAGUUCAAUCUUUUGCACAACAUGUUGAAAGCUGUUGUAGAAGAGCGCUAUCAAGACGCGGCCUUGUGGAGGGACAGACUUAAUCAAUUUAGGGCAGAAAAAAAAGCAAAUAACAGAUCCUGGACACUCUAAAUUGUAUAUAUAAAUCCAGCAUUAGAAGGUCGAUGGGAAUUGGAAGAGCACAUACCUGUCUGUCAUAUCUUUCGCUUUGUCCCUUAUGUUAAUAUGUUUGUGAAUAUCUGUAUAUAUAUAAAAAAUAAUGUGUCAUUAGAACUCUAAUGUGCUUUUCCACUACUAGUUUAAGUCCUCACGAACUGUUAAUAAUUUAAUAUGAAUUCUGGUUGUUCCAUUGGAUGCAGCAUGUUGCUGAUGGUUGUGUUGUGUUGUGAGAGUUUAAACAAAUUCUUGUACAAUGCAUGAUUAAAAAUAAAUAUUUUCUGUGAUUAAAAAUAAAACAAUGAAAUGACAAAUAGAACUUUCGCUGGUGCUUUUUCCGUUCAA